AACUAUAUAUGAUGUAGAUUGCAAUGUCUCGAAGAAUAACUUAAAUAUUUCUGUCAAGUGAUUUUUGUUAUCUUUCCUACAUAAUUGUGUUUUCUAACGUUUAUUUAAGGUAUUUGAAAUGGGUUGGGUAUUAGAAGUAGCCAAGAUGUUUCUCUAUUUAUCAUUUCCUGUUGGAAUAUUUCACUAUGUCAAUCAGCCAGCCUAUUUUGAUAAGUGGGUGAUACAAGCAAAAAAGGAGUAUUUCCCAAUCCAGAGUAAACAGGUGCAUAAGCAGAUGCAAGACUUUAUUUAUGACUUCAAUGCUAAAGUUGAAAAGAAACAUUUGGAUGUUUUGGAGAGGCAGAGUAAAAACAAAUAGUGAAGAAAAUGUAUUGUAAUGUCUUCAAUUGUAAUAGCAAUAGUAAAAUUUAUUUUUUUGUACGAAACAUUAAAAUACCUUUGGAUUAGCAGUUGAUAAAAAUAAAAAUAUUGAUGAAGACUGCUUUAAUCCUCAUAUUUUUCUAUAUUAUUAUAGAAAGAAAACUUAUACAAGCUUUGAAAUUGUAGGAAAAUUAGUAUUUUUUUAUUUUUUAAGCAUCUUAUUUUAUAAAAUUUAUUUCUUUAUAAAAUAUUUUUACGUAACAUACAUUUUAUUAAAAUGUUUAUUAUAUAAGGUAUUUUUUAUUAUUUAAGAAUGUAAAUGUAAUUGAGAGUAGAAUAUAUUUUUAUGUUAUAAAAAAUUAAUUGUUUUUA